UUCAUGGUCACGCUCAUAAGUCCUUUGCUUGCAAUGCAUGGACAAUGUCUGCUGCUGUGAGACUUAUGAUAAGAAUGCUGAUCACAAGGAUAACUCUAGCAGCCUUUGUGCUCUUCAUCCAAACAUCUCCAUGCUCAGCAUCAAAUGAUUCACCAUUCUCACUCACUAACAAGGCCACUGGCUUUUGUUUGCUGAAAAAAUCAAACCGCUGCCUUGACGUGCGCUGGACGACCGGUGAUCGGCUUUUUGUUACUGCCACCAGAAAGUGCCUGGGAGUGCAGGGCAAAAGUGUGGGGAGUGGAGUAAGCCUCUACGAUUGUGACGAAAAGAGUGAACUUCAAAAGUGGGAAUGCAAGAAUGAAACACUGCUUGCCCUCAAAGGCCAACAGCUCUACAUUGAAGUCAAACCUGAUGAAUCAAUUGCCCUCUCCAAAACAAUAGGACCCAAUAACCACCUCACGAUUACAGGGACAGCCAGCGGUGCUUGCACGAGAACAUACAGAGAAUUGUAUACCAUUGAUGGAAAUGCGUUCGGUAAGAUCUGCAUGUUUCCAUUCAUGUACAAAGACCGGUGGUUUGGAGACUGCACUACAUACGACUCCUCCGUGAAGCGUCUUUGGUGUGCAGUUGAAACUAAAUUUGAACAUGAGCAGUGGGGAUACUGCCCAACUUCUUCCGCAGAUUACUGGGAGAAAAACCAUGUAACAGGAGCUAGUUACCAGCUGAACACACAGUCAGUUCUGACUUGGCCCCAAGCUGCAGCCAGCUGCAAACAGCAAGGUGCUUCCCUGGUCAGUAUCACCGAUCCCAGUGAGCAGGCUAUUGUCUCAGCACUAUUGGGAUCAGGGAAACAUAAACUUUGGAUUGGGCUGGUCUUGAACCCUGAACAUGGCUGGCAGUGGUCUGAUGGGAAGCCCUUCCGUUACCUGAGAUGGAAUAGUGGAAAUCCACUUCCUAAUCCGGGACACAACUGUGCACUUCUUGACUCUGCUGGGCAGUACUCUUGGAUAAGUUCAUCCUGUGCCAAAAAACUGGGCUACAUCUGCUACAAAGAUGGGGCUCUACCACCUCCUCCACAAACUGAGCAAGGAUUUUGUUCAAGCCCUUGGAUUCCCUAUAAUGGCCACUGCUUCCACCUUCGUCGUGAUCCUCUUUCAUGGACUAAUGCUCAGAGAGAGUGCCGCAAAGAAGGAGGGGACCUUGUGGGCAUUCGCAACGUGGAGGAUCAAAGCUUUGUCAUCUCUCAACUUGGAUAUGCCUCCACUGAUGAGCUUUGGAUUGGGCUGAAUGACAAGAAGACAGAGGGGUUCUUUGAGUGGAGCGACCACUCUACUGUCAGCUUCACCAGCUGGGAAUUUGGGAAACCAACUGUCUCUACUGUUACAGACGACUGUGUUCUCAUCAGGGGAGAGCAGGGGAACUGGGCGGAUCGUGGGUGUGAUGAGAAACAUGGCUUUAUCUGUAUGAAGCAGAGUGAGACUGAAAGCACUGGAGAUGAAGUAGUUCUGGACCUAGGCUGCAAAGUUGGUUGGAAAAGACAUGGCUCCUACUGCUACUUUGUGGGGACAGAGACCAAAACGUUUGAUGAAGCUAAAGAUGACUGCAAGACCUCUGACUCGUACUUAGCUGAUGUUUCAAAUGGGGUGGAUAAUGCAUUCCUUGUCAGCUUGGUGGGGUUGAGACCGGAGGAAUAUUUCUGGCUGGGGCUCUCAAACCAGAAAAACAUUGAUGAAUUUGUGUGGACCAACACAGACUCAGUGAGAUUUACUCACUGGAACACUGAAAUGCCAGGUCAUCUACAGGGCUGCGUUGCCAUGAAAACUGGGAUUUUUGCCGGACUCUGGGAUCUGCUGCCCUGCACCAAAAAGGAGAAAUACAUCUGCAAGCACCUGGCAGAGGGGGCAGUUGUAACCUCUGCACCAGCAACUCUUACUCCUCCUAAGUGUCCAGAAGGCUGGAAUCGAGUGGGAACCAGAAACUUCUGCUCUAAGUUCUUUACAGGGCCUCGUGCAAAUGAGAAGACCUGGUUUGAAGCCAGGGAUUACUGUAGGGCCAUCGGAGGAGACCUACUCAGCAUCCAUGGUCCCACUGAGCUACUUGUGGGACGUCAUGGAAAAGCCUGGAUUGGACUUCAUAUCCCUGACUCAAGCUCUGGUUAUGUAUGGAGUGAUGGAUCCCCGGUAAACUUCCAACACUGGCAGGAGGGGGAGCCAAAUAAUUUUAAUAAUGCUGAAUCUUGUGCUGAAUUCCAAAUUAGAAAUGCCGAUGACAGUGGGUCUUGGAACGAUGCGCACUGUGAGAGUUACAAUGACUGGCUGUGUCAGAUUCGCGGAGGAGUGACUCCAAAACCACCUCCGAAUAAUACUGUGGUGGGCUUUAACACCACUUCCGAUGGUUGGAUUGAGUGGAAGGGGAAUCAGUAUUACAUUAACAGAAUCUCAAUGGCCAUGGAAGAUGCUCGUCACUUCUGUAAGCAGAGACACGGGGACUUGAUGACUAUCGACAGUGAAGCUGAAAAUAUCUUCAUAUGGAAACAGAUCUCCAGAAACUAUGGGACCUACUACAUAGGUUUGUCAGUGGAUCUUGAUGGGUCAUUUUGGUGGAUGGAUGGUUCUCCAGUGGCGUUUCGAAGAUGGGAUGAAAAUCAGCCUAAUUCUAAUACUUUUGAUGAGAACUGUGUUGCUAUGACUUACUAUAUGGGCUUCUGGCGUACUUGUAAUUGUGGCCAAGAGUACCAGAGUAUUUGUAAACGUGGAAGCUCACCACUCGUCAACACCACUGUAGCCCCCACAAAACCUCCUAAAGGUGGCUGCCAGCCCCCAUGGACAAAAUUUGACUCGAAGUGCUACAAUAUCAUCAGUGACAAGGGGACCACCUGGGAAGAAGCAAGGAAACAGUGCAAAAUGAUGGGAGGGAAUUUAGCCUCUAUUACCACAAGGCAUGUGCAAGCAUUUUUGAUCACCAAAAUGGCUGAAGCAGCAACCAAAGACCUGUGGAUUGGUUUGAAUAGUUUAAAACAAGAUGGAUUUUACUGGACUGAUGGAAAACCAAGGCGAUACACCAACUGGGGCUAUUCUAAACAACGACGUCGUCCAGGGACCUUUUACCAAAGAUGGAAUGAGGAAGACUGUGUUCUGAUGACCAGUAAUCCUACCCUUGGUAUCGGGAAAUGGAUGAUUAAGUCCUGCAACGACACCAAUGGAUUUGUUUGUCUUAAGAAACUUGACUCAAGUACCCAGUCUCAAACAGAGCCAACGGUUUCUGACCUCUACGUAAAUUUGGGAAAUGACAGCAUCAAGGCUGUGACUCAAAAUCUCACCUGGGAUGAUGCCAAGAAGAAGUGUGAAGGCGAAAAAGCCAGCUUGGCAAGCUUGCGGAAUGACUGGACACAGGCUUAUGUCGAGUUACUGGCUAUGACUCUCAAAGCUCCUCUCUGGAUUGGACUUAACAAACAGCAGACCAAUGGUUAUUAUAGAUACAUUGAUGGAUGGCACUUGAACUUUGCAACCUGGGCAGAGGGUGAACCAAGCAGGGACCGACCUUGUGUGUACAUGGAUGUGGAUGGAAAAUGGAGGACCGCAUUUUGCAAUCAGACCUUGAAUAGUGUUUGCAUGCAGUCUGCAGAUGUGCCACCAACAGAGUCAACCAGCUUCCCAGGAGUUUGCCCCGAAGAGACGAGUGCGGAGUACCACCAUAGUUACUCCUGGCUGCCAUUCAAGGGUCACUGCUAUAUGUUUAUCACAGAGGAAAUUGAAUGGGCAGAUGCAGCUACUAGCUGUGUGAGGCAUGGUGGACUGCUGGCCAGCAUUGAAGAUCCUGCUGAGCAAGCAUUCAUUAAAAGCAAUGUGGAAGUAUUUCAUGACGGCCACAGCGCUUUCUGGAUGGGCCUGUAUAAAACUCACAAAGGAACAUGGAAGUGGUUGGAUAACACAGUCUUGGACUACACUAACUGGGGUCCAGAAGGGCCUGAUAGUGACUAUGGAGAGAUUGGAACCGCAGAUGGGACUUGGAGUUCAGGUCGCAGGUGGCAUGACAGGGCAUACAUCUGUGAAACACCCAAAGUGAUACCAAUAGAUGCAGGAUUAAAACCUGAACCUCACGGACCAGGCGGUCAUCACAAUCGUGCCCACACGAGUUUGGUUGUUGUGCUGAUCAUUAUGAUCACUUCUACGCUGAUAGUCACUGCAUUCUUCCUCUACAAGAAGUCUCCUCGUCCUUUACCCACCUUUGACAAUCCACUCUACUUCGGCAGCGAACGAUCCCAGCCUGAUGUGGUUGACACCAAUAAACUGAUAGAGAAGGCAGAGGAAGAAAAUCCUGAACCUAUUAUAACUCUGUGAUUUAUAUAAUAGCAGAAUCUAGUGGGACAUACACUAUACUGUAUCACAUACUGAUUUAGUACACUUAUGCUUCUUUAGUGUUUGUUUUUUUACUAUAUACAAUAUAUAUUCAGUUAUUUAACAAUAUAUCAUUAAGCAUGAGUUUCAAUGAAGUUGGCAAUGUCUGACCUCAUGGAACAACAAUUUAGGCUCUACGAUGUCUCAAUGGGAAUGAUUUGUAUUUGAUUUUUUCUUUUAUCUACAACUGAAUGUAUAUAAUUGUUACAUGUUAUGCUUAUGCCCACUAGAUGAUAUUCAUUGCUUGAAAUGCGUCAAAAACUCAUUGCCUUUCAUUAUGAAAUGAACAUUAAACUUGGCACUUGACAAUUUA